UGUGGUUCUCCUGUGGAGAGCGGGGUGGAUCCACUCCCUCUUAAUAUACCCAGCCUAAGGAGGCUGAGUCUUACAUAUAAGAGAAGAAGCAGAGCAGCUGGAGUACACACACACACUACACACUACACACACUCACAAAACACACACGUACACACCGUAAACACACACUCACAUACAGAAACAGACAAACAGCAAGGCACAACGUCUGACACCGGCAGACAUCUGAAGUGAUUUUUGAGAGAAAGAGAGAGAGAGAGAGAGAGAGAGGACUUCACUUCCCAGGGUGACAUGCUGUGGGGGACAGCUCUCUUGACUGGCCUGGUGGGACUGUAUGUCAUCGUCACCCAGUGUCCAGCCACCUGCCAGCUGAGCCAGGAGGACACGGAGACCCUCAUGGAGCUGCACAACAGCUAUCGGGGCCAGGUGGUACCCAGUGCCACCUACAUGAGUAAAGUGAAAUGGGAUGAGAAGCUGAAGAUCCUAGCUGAGGGCUACGCUGUGAAGUGUAUGUGGGAACCGAAUCCGGAUCUAGAGUUGCUGAACAUGGGAGAGAACCUGUUUGUGUCCAAUGAACCCUUGGACCUCAACAUGACCAUGGAGAAGUGGUUCUUGGAGCACCUAGACUACGACUACAACAACAACAGCUGCCAGGAGGACAAGAUGUGUGGACACUACACUCAGAUGGUGUGGGCGGACUCUCACUCUGUGGGCUGUGCUGCUCAUCGCUGUGACACCAUAGAGGGGCUGUCCUUCGAGAAAGUUAACUUCCUGGUCUGCAAUUAUUACCCAAAAGAUAAGUUUAAGGAUGAGAAACCCUACGAGGAAGGUGAAUGGUGUUCCAAGUGCCCAGACAACGUGCCGCGAUGUGAUCAGAACCUCUGUGUGCCUGAUGCCCCUGAGACUUCAGAGGAGCCUGAUGUUGAGGAGCCUGAUGUUGAGAAGGCGACAACAGAGAGCUUUACCCCAUACACAGUCAACACCACAGAGCCUGGGCAUGAGGAGGAGGGGGACAAGACAGGCAUGCAGGCUGGGGACGAGGAGGACGAGGAGGAGACAGGCACGGAGCCUGGGUAUGAGGAGGAGGGGGACAAGACAGGCAUGCAGGCUGGGGACGAGGAGGACGAGGAGGAGACAGGCACGGAGCCUGGGUAUGAGGAGGAGGGGGACGAGACAGGCAUGCAGGCUGGGGACGAGGAGGACGAGGAGGAGACAGGCACGGAGCCUGGGUAUGAGGAGGAAGAGGAGGAGUGGGAGGGGGAGGAAAGAGCAGCAGAGAGGGAGAAGGAGAGGACUAGGAACCAACCUCCGGCCAAUGCUGGAAGGAUAACUACACCACUACUUCUUGUUACCAGCCUAAUGGCUUUACUCUCAGUAGGAUUGUGAGGUGAAGGUAUGAGAGUAAGGCAUGACACACAUACACACACUCUAUCUGGAACUGAACUGAACAUUGCUGGAAGUUGAAUUACAUUGUGCUAUAACCAUGUCUAUAGCAGAGGGAUUUUUUGAUGGUUAUUUUGUUAUUAUUUGCUCGCUAGUAAUUACAGUUGCUAGUUUAACAUAUGCCUUCUUAGCAAUAUCAAUAAGCACACAACAUACAACAGUUAACAAUGUAUUAUAACAGUUGUAUAAUAACAGUUAUGACCUGUUACAAAUGUAACAGCAAAACAUUUUCUUAAAGCAAGGCAUGUCCUCUAUAUGAAUGUGAUUCGUAAACCUAAAGGAGCAUAACUACUGUCAAUAUUGCAUAUUUCUGUAAAUGUCUGUAUAUAGUUUAUAAUAAAUAUUGUUUCUUCUA